AUGGCCGUCCGUGCGCAAGCACGUGAAGACACAGUCUCCCAAAGCACGGCUACAAAGGUUGUUCCCGAGACUUUCACGAGUCCUUUGGAAACAACUUCAAUGACCCUAUCUAGGCCUAAGACGGCAACAUAUGGCCCUCGUCGUUCCAAUCGCUUGUCUGGUCCGGAGAAUGGGUCAAAUAACGACGAGUUGGACAAGCCGACUUCACCACCUCUUGAUCCUGAUGAACUAAUUCUGGUCUAUCCAUUCUCUGGGCCGGGUGCCCUGAAUGUGACAAAGUCGGAUCUUGCUCGACUCAAACCUGACGAGUUCCUGAAUGACACGCUGAUCGAGCUUGGGAUUUUCAUGGACGACUUGCGCGCGCAAAAGCCAGAGCUGGCUGACCAGAUUCACGUUUUUAGCUCAUUUUUCUACAAAAAGCUCUCUACGAAAAACCCGGAGGACGGCUUUCAAAGUGUUCGAAAAUGGACAUCCAAAUUUGAUCUGUUUAAAAAGAAAUACCUCAUUGUGCCUAUUAACGAGCAUCUUCAUUGGUAUCUCGUCAUAAUCUGUAAUCCUGAAUAUGUGCUGCAGCCACCUGCUUCGAAUCCGCUAUCCAAGGCCACUCGACGAUCAGGAAGAAUCUCCAGGUCACAAGGCGAAGCUGCGUCGCAGAUGGGCGAAUCGUCCGCCGUGAUAAAUGAUGUGUCAAUAUCAUCCGCGACCGCUUCGGACCCGGCUCAACAGGAGUCAGCGUCUGAAAGCCACGCAAGAAGUCGUUCGAUAUCUAUUGUCCCCGAUUCUACAAGUGAAGGCCCCGACCAUGGAGAUCAAAGAGAGGAACAAGACGUCGAAAACCUGCUCGUUGAAUAUUCUGCGUCUCACAGCCUCACCAAUCGCAUCGCCCUUGAAAGCGACUCAGCUAUCUUCCUUCCGAGCGGUAGCUCAAACGUCGAAGAGAUAAUUGUCAAUGAUCCUGCAUCUCUCGUCCUUUCUAAGCGCCAGCAGUUCGUCAACCACCACAAUAUCACCCUCCCUAAUGAAGUCGCCAUGACCAUCUCCCUGCCAAGCGGCAGCCCAACUGCGUCUGACGUGCAUAUGGAUGAGCUAGACCAUUCAAUGGCUGAGCUUUCUCAUGACGAUCCUGACAAUGAAUUCGAUGAGCUGGAGCUGCAAUAUCCCAUGUCCUCGCCCCGAGGAAGAGCCGUUGAGCUACCAUCAUCCGACAGGCAACCUGAAGGCUCGAAGUUAGGUCAGCACGUAGUCGCUAGCACAGGAUCCAAGAGCAGCUCCGUAUUUUCAUCGUUUGUCCCACCAUCUACAUUUUAUGCACGAUCGGAGACUAUGAGAGGGAAACGGAAAGUUUCUUCCGCUCAAAGUGCUGGCCCAAUCCACGUCAUCGAGGAUGACCCAGAUGCGCAAGACUCGAUAUAUAUCUCUGAUUCCGAGCAGAACGAUACAGAUUAUGCGGGUACUCGCAUAUAUACAUUCGAUUCCCUCGGGUCGAAACAUCCACAAGCAAUCCGAAGACUUGGCAAAUACCUUCAAAUGGAGGCUGCCGAUAAAAAGGGAACAACAAACACAAUAACGCCUACCGGGACGAAUGCGAGGGUGCCCAAGCAGCCUAACUAUUGUGACUGUGGGAUUUACCUGCUACAUUUCGCCCUGACCUUCAUCAGAGAUCCACAGCGAUCGUAUGAAGUUCUCGCCUCCCAAAAACCUAAGGCCAAUCCCCGAGGGGAUUAUUGGAAUGAUGGGUCGAUUAAAGAGUUUCGUGAGAAAUUUUCGGUGACCAUACAAGCACAAUCUGAAGCAUGGAAGAAGGACAAGGAAGAGAAGGAAACAUUGAAGAAGAUGGAAGGUCGCCCGGAGUCGCGCGCAGUGUCGGCAGAUUCGGAUUCGGAUUCAGAUAUCAUCGUUGAGGUAGGCCCGGAAAUGUCUACGAAUACAAAGAAGGGCGGGAUCAAGAAGGCCAAUCGUGCGACUCGUCUGCGCUGA